AAUCUGAUGAAAUGCAGUCAGUUUCUCUACGCACGCUAGGAAUAAAGUAGUUUUUUCCCCCGAUCACCACCGACUCGAACUUUCUACGAUGCAGUGAUCCGACUUUUCUCGCGCUAGUUGCUAGUUCUUCCUUCUGCUGAGAGUAGGCGCCGGUUCUCGAAUUUUGGCGAAAAGUGAUAGCAGUGGCCGGUGUAUGUGCGUGUCGAUGACUGCGUGAGGUGAGGAUACGAGGCACCCUCCGAGCCAAGGGUUUAGAGCGAGAGGUGGGACGACUGGCAAAAUUCCGGUAGCCAAACACAGCCUCGGACCCGUCCACGAAGGGACGACGAUGGGACAGAUACCCCAAAAUCUUUCAUCGCCGGCUGCCGCCGCGCUUAUCUCGGCCCGAUUCGAGGUGCAGCCGCAAAAAUGGAAAGAGGAAACUCGGAAUUUUCAGGUUGCUUUUCUAGGUUGUUUUCUCUUAUGGUAAUGGACGGCGCGAAAUCGGCGAGGGUCACUCAAGCUGCUGCGAUCGGUCCUCUGCUAUCCCUUCGGAAGGAACCGGGGCGUGUCCGUCGCGGUCGUUCUACCUGGAUCCUGUGGUCGAAGAGAAUUUCGUUUGUAGGGCGCAAAAGAAGUGGGUCUGGAACGCGAGCGGCCGUCAGCGUGCGUCGACCCCGGCGGACCAUGGUGGAGUCUUCUGGGCGCCUGUCGUGUGGGUCGGCCGCUGGAUUUACGAUCGUGACCUCUCGGCGGACAAGGGCCCAGUUUUCCUCGGCCCCUUGCUAAUUGCUCAUCCCGACAAGGACUUUUCCAUAUCAACAAGUAUCGACACAGCUCCGCGCAUCCGUAAACAACAACAUCCCUUUUCGUCAUUCCGCUCCUCGGAAGAUCCGACGUGCCGCUGUAAAUGUGUCAACGCCAGAAGCACGAAGGGAUCGAUCGGCGGCGAUUUUUGACGGCGGCGGCGACACUUGUGGAGCCUCUUGACCUCGCAACAAAUCGCCGCGAAAUGGUCCGGAGGGUGGGUUCUUUUCGGGUAUCGAUUGGUCGAGGAUAAAACCACUUGACGUUGUGGGCCACCUGCUGUUUCGAACUUGCAACCCUGUUGUGACGUGAAAAUGUGCUCGGGAUUCAUGCAAACAUGUGGCGAACAUGCUGGAGGGGGAUGGCGACAGUUUGUUCGAAGGGGGCCGGAUUGCACCCU